CGCGCUGCCGGUUCGGUUCGGCUGGGCGGGCCCUGCAGCAGCUCGCGGAGGUCGUGGGUCGUCGCUGCAGCUCGCGGAGGACGGCGGAGACGGCGCCUCGGGGGGCUAACGUGGUGGCGCAGGGAGGAAGAGCAAGGAUGCAUGGCCAUGGAGGCUACGACUCGGAUUUUAGUGAUGAGGAGCAGGGUGGAGAAUCUAGGAAAAGGAAGAAGAGGACAGUUGAAGAUGACUUACUGCUCGAAAAGCCGUUUCAGAAAGAAAAGCAUGGAAAGGUGGCACAUAAACAGGUUGCAGCAGAAUUGCUGGACAGGGAAGAAGCCAGAAAUAGGAGGUUUCAUCUCAUAGCUAUGGAUGCUUAUCAAAGACACAGAAAGUUUGUUAAUGAUUAUAUUUUAUACUAUGGUGGCAAAAAAGAAGAUUUCAGGCGUGUAGGGGAAAAUGACAAGACGGACUUGGAUGUUAUUCGAGAAAACCAUAGAUUCCUAUGGAACGCGGAGGAUGAAAUGGACAUGACUUGGGAGAAGAGACUUGCAAAAAAAUACUAUGAUAAAUUAUUCAAGGAAUACUGCAUAGCAGAUCUCAGUAGAUACAAAGAAAAUAAGUUUGGAUUUAGGUGGCGUGUAGAAAAAGAAGUAAUUUCAGGGAAAGGUCAGUUUUUCUGUGGAAAUAAAUGCUGUGAUGCGAAAGAAGGCUUAAAGAGUUGGGAAGUGAAUUUUGGUUACAUGGAGCAGGGUGAGAAGAGGAAUGCACUUGUGAAAUUAAGGUUAUGCCAAGACUGUUCCUUUAAAUUAAAUUUUCACCACAGGAAAAAGGAAGUCAAAUUAAAGACCAGAAAGAGUAAAACCAAAAAAGGUGGUGAAGAGUCAUCCCAUAAAAAAUCUAGACUAUCUUCUGAAGAAGAAACUUCCCCCCAAAAGUAUAAAGGACAUUCAUCCUCCAAAAAGUCAGAAGAGUCUAUAAAUAGAAAGUCUGAUGAAGAAGGAAGUGCUUCAGAUUCUGAACUUUGGAAGGGCCCACUCCCAGAGACUGAUGAAAAAUCACAGGAAGAAGAAUUUGAUGAGUAUUUUCAAGAUUUGUUUUUGUGAGACAUGACCAAGAAGCCUACAUUCCUCAACGUGAAAGUUUCCUUUGAAACUCUCUGAAAAGCUUUCUUUAUAGCUGCAGGAUGAGUGGUUUGUCUGUGGAAAUAGAUGCCCAGCUACUCUCAGGAUGUCAGAUGCCUGGGAAGUUCACCAUCCUGUGCGCAGAGGGCAGUUGUUUGGUGCCAUGCAGCACGGCCCAUGACUUCACCAAGUCACUUAAGCCGUGACCUCAUUUUCAAAGAGCAGUUUUCGUCAGUAGGGUAUUACCAAACAUUGAUAAGAAAUAUGGAACUUAUCUUGAAAUUCUGUGGAGAUGUGUGGAAAGGAAACAACGUUUGGCAUUCUUUUCUCCUCUUAA